AAUCCUGAUUGGCAGUGGGAAGGAGGGUACCUCAUUUUGGGUAUAAAAGGGACAAAACCUCUCCCUUCGGCACCUCAUUCUUCAGCAGCUUCUCCCUGGUGAAGACCUCCUUCCAUCUGUCAAGAUGAAACUCAAGGUCGUGGUUGUGCUCCUCGGAGUGAUAGCCCUCGUUGCUGCCGCUCCAUCACGCGGCGGUGGAGGCUUUGGAGGAGGAGGUGGAUUUGGAGGUGGAGGUGGACACAGAGGUGGUGGAGGAGGAUUCGGAGGAGGAGGUGGUGGUGGACUCGGUGGAGGUGGAUUCGGAGGUGGAGGAGGUUUUGGAGGCGGUGGCAGACACGGUGGUGGAUUAGGAGGUGGUGGUGGUAUUGGAGGAGGCGGAGGUUAUGGACGCUAGAAGUCUUCAUGGAAAAUUAUCAGAAUUUGAAAGAAAGCCGGUUCUCACACACAGUUCAGUUGGAUGGCUUGCCUCUACAUCUACUGAAGUACAGACCGAAAUUUCCUUGUUUGUUGCUUUUUUUUUCUUCUUUGUUAAAGUUUAAUAAAGUCAGAAAAUGUUA